ACCAAGCGACACACACGAUCGCAGGAAACCUAGGACGAGUAGUAUUUUUUAAGUGUGGUCUGAUUUGUAAUAUUCAAAAUAAUUUAACGAUGCAAGGUUACGUGAAAGCGGUGGCGAAGGUGACUCUGGAUAUAUUGUGCAUUGUGCUGGCCUUCCUGCCAUUCCUGGUGCUGUACCUGGCACGCGUGGAGCCGGCGGAGCGAGGGUUCUUCUGCGACGACGAGAGCAUCGCCUUCCCCUACCGUGACAGCACCGUGAGCGAGGGGCUGCUGUUCGGCCUGGGGUUCGGGAUUACAGUGGCCAGCGUGGUGCUGGGCGAGGUGCUUGUGAGCUGCUCCUACCGGGUGCUGCCUCCUCACCGCGGCUCCUCACCGCUGCCCGGAGGUAUCGUCAAUGCUCUCUACGUGCGGCUCGCAGCCUUCCUCAUGGGAGCCGCCGCCAGCCAGAGCCUCACCGAGAUAGCCAAGGUGAGCAUUGGGCGGCUACGCCCUCACUUCCUGACCGUGUGCAGGCCCGACCCGGUGCUCACCAACUGCUCAAGUGAGCUCAUCAGCCUGGACAUGUGCUCAGGAGAGCGUGAGCUCAUCUUGGAGGCCAGGAAGUCGUUCUACUCCGGCCACGCUUCAUUCGCUAUGUACACCAUGGCCUUCCUUGCUCUGUACCUCCACUCGCGCCUGCGCGCCGCGAGCCUCCGGCUGCUGCGCGCGUUGCUUCAGCUGUCGGUAGUACUGCUCGCCCUCUGGGUGGGCUACUCGCGAGUCUCCGACUACAAGCACCACUGGAGCGACGUCCUCGCUGGACUCGUCCAGGGCGCCGUCGUUGCCGCCGUCGCCGUAAUUCACCUGGCCGAUUUGCCUUGGGGGGACGAUGAGGAGGAGCCCCCCAAGAAUCCUCACGAAGACUUGACCAGCGUGCAGAGCGUACACCAGUACACGAACACAUACAAGAUGUAGCACACGUACUUAUACGUGCAUAUACAUACACACACAUGCUAUAACACGCAUAGAAAGAUAUCCCCAUUUUCGCAGACUUUACAGACUUUUGGGGCAAGUGCUGUUAGCACAUACAGAUAGUCCCCGACUUACGAUGGAGAUGCGUUACGACGACCCCAUCGUAAGUCGGGGACUACCUGUACAUACCAACAGGAUAAGAUGGAGGACAUGCAUGCAUACAUACAUAUACACAUGUAAAUUCAGUAUAUACAUAUACACAUGUACAUUCAGUAUAUACAUA